AUGAAACGGGCAAAACAAGAAAGAGAACUGACAGAUGAAGAGCGUAAUAUCGUGAUAUCAGUACGUCAUUGUGCGCGAGAAUUGGACGAUGUCUUACAGGGUGCACGUAGAAAAGCCCAGUCGAAUCCCAAAGUAUUUGCGGAGACAGGAAUUAGUGUCAUGUUUAGAGGUGUUGACUCUUAUGCGGAUAUGUAUGAAAAAUUGGGUGUGAAGUCAAGAGAUGGAUUAGAAAGAUUAUUUUCUAAAUUUUCUGACUGUGAAGAAAUUCAGGAUACUCAAGAUGCAAUCGAAGAAACUGAAGGAAACUGGAGAAAUUUUCUAGUUAAUCUUGAUAAGGAGGUUGCACAUGAUGAGCAUGAAAAUAGUAGAGUUAAUUCAGUAUCUAAACUCGAGAACCUUUCUGAUGUGGAAUGUGAUUAUUUAUUCUUACCAUCACUACCACUUAUUGACUGGCAAACCAGCCGUGAGGUUAACUUGCAAGAUUAUGUCCAAAAAUACAUGUGCCUUGUAGUCAUCUGUCAGCCUGCAUACUGGCCAGAUACUGCUGUUCGUUGGCGUUAUUCAGAGGUAUCAAAAGCCCAGUGUGAUCUAUCCCAGUUCAACGUUGGAUACGCAGUUGUUACAUGGGGCCCAGCAGAUGAAGUGCGGAGUUGGUGUAAACAAGUUAAUCGAAUUACAAAAUGGCCGGUUUUAUGGGAUAAAUCAGGCGAUUUUCGAGCUAAAAUUGGAUUUAAAUCAGGUUUACAACGUGUAUGGGCCGCUGAAAAUCUGGAUUUCCUUGGUUGUCAACGUUCAAUGCAUCAUCGUCCGAUAAAUUCACCGCCAACUAAUCUCAACUGGUCAGAAUGGAAACAAAUCGGUGGCGAAUUAGUUUUAUCUCAGCCUGUCUUAUGGAACCCACAAAAGACAAUGAAAUCUAACAUAUAUGUAGCAACGCAAACAGGUGUAAAACAUAAGCGCAAUACUCAUGAAAGUGAUGAAGAAGAUAGAUCCAAUGAAGAAGACUUGCACUCAGAAUCACUUAAAGUAUCAAUUAGAGAGGCCCUUCGUGAUAAAGAAGCGAUGAGUUCAAAACAGGUCAAAGUUUGUGCAUUGCACCUAAGUACUCGUAUUUCGGAUCUCAUGCCAUCAGGUUCGAUAUACCAAGCUGCUUUAACGUGUUAUGCUCGUACACACAAUACUACAGAAAGCGAUGUCAUGGAUAAAAUUAGGAGAGAUCGCAGGUUUUGUACACCACCUGAAUCAGCUCGAUUACAGUACGAAGCAACUACCGGUUUAUAUUAUGACCCAGAAACUGCUUUAUAUUAUGACCCACUAAGAGGUUAUUUCUAUGAUUCAACGAAUCAAAUGUACUACUAUUGGUCUCAAUCUGAAGGACGAUAUAUCUUAGCCAAUACUUUGAUUCAAGCUGAACUUGCUGCUGCGCAUGUAGCUCAAGCAGUAGCAGCCCAAGCUGCCGCAGACAAAGCUAUGGCUGAGCGAGAAGCUGCUAAGAAGGCGGCCAUGUGUGUAGCCGCGCAAUUGGCGGAGAUACGUGCGGGUAAAGACGAUUAUGCUGCUUAUGCGUAUGCAACAUGUGUAUUACCUCAACAAGAACCAAGCGACCCAGAUUACAAAGAAAUUUCUACAGACAGCGGUAGAUUUUGUAUCGCUUAUCAAAAUACAACAGCCGCUGCAAAUAAUAUAGAAGCAUCACUAAAAGCAUGGAACACAGGCAAUACUAACAGUGGUACUGAGAUUUUGUCGUCUAAACCUCUUGUUCCUUAUACAGAUGACAAUACAGAAACUGAUCAUCGUAGUUCAACACCGCCACCCCCAGGGUUGUAA